CAUUGCUGAACCUACUGAACCAUAACAAUGCUAUAUUUUAGUAGUUUAGUGGACGUUGUUUAUUGUAAUCUAGUGUGUGCUUGGUGUAAUUGUGUAACGGAAUAAGAGAGAAGAUAAAUUUUUUCUUGCUCUUUCUUCCUUUAAUAACUCUUCUAUUGUUAUCGGCAAACGUCAUUUGUUGCAUUUUGCAGCAUUUGGUAUCUACGUUAUUGUUCUUAACCUAAUCAUAAUGGAUGAUAUCGAAAGAGGAGUCAUUACUCGCAUAUAUUUGGAGAAUUUUGUUACUUAUGAUAAAGUCACAAUAAAGCCUGGUAGAUAUCUGAAUGUUAUUAUUGGGCCUAAUGGAUCUGGCAAGUCCACCAUUGUCGCUGCUAUUGUUCUUGGUUUAGGCGGUAAGACCAAUAUUAUUGGUAGAGCACCUCAUGUGGGAGAAUAUGUCAAAUAUGGAUGUGAAACAGCAAAAAUAGAGAUUCAUCUAAUGUAUGGUAGAAAACGGGAUCGUGUGAUAACCAGGAUAUUUACUAAACAAGGAAAGUCCACAUGGAUGAUUGAUGAUGCACCAUCAACUACAAAGGCUGUGCAAUGUUUCGCAGCUAGUUUAGAUAUUCAAGUUGACAAUUUUUGUCAAUUUCUGCCACAAGACAGAGUGCAAGAUUUUUCAAAAAUGGAUGCUCAAACAUUGUUAGAGAAUACAGAAAGAUCUGUUGGAUCUCCAAUAUUACUCCAAAAUCAUCAAAAGUUAAAAGAGUACAGAACUAGUUUCAAACAACUAGAAGUUGAAAUAAACAGUAAAAAACGAUUGUUAGAAUCUAAAACUCAAGCACGUGAUAGAAUGAAAGAAAUAGUUAGUACAAUAAAAGAGAGGAAAAUGAUAAAGAAAAAAAUUACGACACUGAAACAAAAGAAAGCAUGGAUAUUAUAUGAUCAAGCACGUAGAAAAUUAGUAGAGUCGAAGAACAGAAGGGACAAUGCAGUAAAAGAUAUGCAAUCUGUAGAAACUUCAUUGGAACCAUUAAAUAAAAAAGUUAGAAAGAUGACAUCUGAGAUAAAAAUAUUAAAAGAUUCUCUAAAUAAUCAUAACAAAAAAACUCAUGUUAAAAACACACAUUUGAGAAGUAUUAUGGACAAGAUUCUCUGCAGUGAAAAUAAAAUUAAAGAAGCAGAAAAUACUUGUUCGUGUCGAUGUCAGGCAGAACAGACUCGAGAUCAGGAUAUUAAACUCUUACAACAGAAAAAGUGCAAAUUUGAGAACGACUUAUCCCUUAUGAUUAAUGAAAUUGGAUCAGAGGGAAGCUUAAGAGAACAAAUGGAAGGUACAACACAUCAUAUGGAACAACACAAAGUUGUAAUUAAUAAACUCAGUGCUGAACAUAUAUCAUUAAAGUACCAAGAAGAAAAUCUCAAUCGUGAAAUUAGAGCUGCAGAAGCAGAACAUCAGUCUCUGAAUAUCAAUACAAAACGUAUGGAACUCUUAAGACAAAAGAGUUUAGAUGCGUAUAAAGGUGUGCUUUGGUUACGAGAGAAUCGUGAUAAAUUUUCGGCACCAGUGCACGAACCCAUGUUACUUAAUAUUAACGUAAAAGAUGCCUCAUAUGCCAAGUAUUUGGAAACCGUAAUACCACUACGAGAUUUAAUUGCGUUCACGUGUGAAAACAAGGACGAUAUGAAUUUGCUGAUAAAAUAUUUGAGAGAACAACAGAGGCUACAAGUCAACGUAGUUCAUUCCGAUCCUAUGAAGAGAGUUGCUAUGCAACCGACUAUACCGAUAGAAAGUAUUCAGAAAUUGGGCUUCAGACAUUACUUAUCAUCCCUUGUAGAAAUGCCACCCACUAUAAUGAAAUAUCUAAUCUCAAUGUAUCACUUGCACAACAUUCCUGUGGGAACCAGUGAUGUCGAGGAUAACGUAGAAAAUGUACCUCGUAGUAUAACCUGUUACUUUAGUGCAAAUAAUGUUUACUUCGUCAGUACGUCUAAGUAUACUCGUGCAACGUCCACUAGAAUAUCACAAGUCUCUGGAAAUCAAACAUUAUCAAUUAUUUCAGAUAAACAAAAGCUAUAUAAGCUUCAAGAAAAAUUACAGAUUUUGCAGAGAAAGAAGGGAGAAAUUUCGAGUAACAUUCAAAAGAUAGAUGAAAGGAUAGGCGAGGAGAACAAUGUAUUAGAGAAGUAUCGGCUCGACAGGAAUAAAUAUCAACAAAAUAUUCAACAAAUUGAGGUACUGAAAGGAAGAAUACAUAUGACUGAGAACAAUAUCAAGAGUAUGGAGAAGGAACGGACAAGCAUAGAUAAUAUAAAAGCAGCAUGCACAAAAGAAAUUAAGGUUAUAAUAAAGGAACAACUAAAUAGAUACAAACAGUAUAAUACAGUUCUAAAAGAAUACUUCGACUGUGUCAUGAGCAACGAAGAGAUCAAAUUUGCAUUAUCAUUAUUACAAGAAACUUUAGCGACCACAGAAAACGAAACCAUAGUGUUGAAGGACAAAUAUAUAGCGGCAGAGAAAAUAUAUAAACAACAUGAUGAGGAAUUCCAACCGUUAAAAAAGGCAGCUGGAGAUUUGUAUAAUGAAGCAUUACUAACUACAGAUAAUAUAAGUCCGCAAAAUCCAGCGUUCAAGUUUUUAAAUAAACUUUUUGAAAAAUUACCAGCUACUAUAGAGGACAUAAACAAAGAGAUGGGUACCGCUCAGGCAAAAGUUUUCUGUAUGGGAAAAAAUGUAAAUGUGGAAAAUGUAAUGUCUGAAUACAAAGAUGUAAUACAUAAUAUCAAUAUGUUGACUGAGAUUGUCGAAAAAAAAAUUGCCGAAGUAAACGUAAUAAAUCAGAAGAUUGAAGAAUUGAAGGGACAGUGGUUAAAACCGUUAGAAAAAUUAGUCGAGAAAAUAAACGUAAAUUUCAGCGAAUACUUUUCCGCGAUGGAAUGCGCUGGCGAAGUUACACUUUCGCAUGGUGAAAAUGAUUUGGAUUUUGAUGAGUAUGGUUUAAAAAUUAGAGUAAAAUUCCGAGAUGCCGACGAACUGCAAGAAUUAACAAGGCAUUUUCAGAGCGGCGGAGAACGAACUGUAACUACUGCCAUUUAUAUGAUCGCGCUGCAGGAAUUAACCCGUGUGCCAUUUCGCUGUGUUGAUGAAAUUAAUCAGGGUAUGGACGCGACUAAUGAAAAACGUAUUUUCGACUUGCUCGUCAAAAUGACAGGAAGACGAGGCAGUUCUCAAUAUUUUCUACUCACGCCAAAACUACUACCUGAUUUAACAUACACCGACACUGUGACUGUGCACUGUGUCUACAAUGGACCAGCUGUUCAUUUGAAUGGUAAAGAUUUUGAAUUUGAUACAGAAGCUUACUGCAAUCAUGUCAAGUCGCUAUAAUUAAAGGGAGAUGUAAAAGGAGAACUAAAAGCAGUAUUUUGACUGACGAUGAUGAAACACAUGAAACAUGUAAAUACGAAAAAAAAAAUAUUAGUGUGUUAAUAAGAAAACAUUUUUAUUUUUGUAUAUUAUGUAUGUAUUGAAAUUCAAAACUUCUUGAUAGGUUUAUAAACUGUGUAA